ACAGAAAGCAAAGCAAUGUUGUUGACGAAAACUAUUCCGGGAAUGAGAGAGACAAGCUUGGAUUUGUUCGAUCCAAGGUCAUCGAUGGAUUCCGAUUAUUUAACCAACAACAGCAGAGAUGCCGAUUUCGGAUUCGCUUUCAACGACAGCAACUUUUCCGAUAGGGUUCUACAGAUCGAGAUUAUUGCCGAUUCUCCUGAGAUUAGGCCCGAUGGCGAGGGUUGUAGCAGCCUAGCUGAUUGGGCCAGGCACCGGAAGCGGAGGAGAGAAGUUCUCAACAAAGAAAUUGCUUUGGAUGAUGCUGGAUGUCAUGAGGAAGAGAUUUUGAGUACUGAUCAACCUGAUAUGCAUGAUGUAGUGAAAUGUGAAAACGAGGAGGAAGCUGUUGCUAUGGUGGAAGAAUCGGCUUCAGGGGAUGAAGCUGUGAAUAGCAACGAGUCAAACUGUAGCAUGGAUGGUGGUCCUUCAAUUCUGAGAGUAGAAACUUUACAUAUAAGUUCUCCAAUUUUAGCUGCAAAAAGUCCAUUUUUUUAUAAGCUCUUCUCCAAUGGGAUGAGAGAGUCGGAGCAGCGAAGUGUUACUGUUAGGAUCCAUGUUUCUGAGGAAACUGCUCUAAUGGAGCUCCUAAAUUUCAUGUACAGCAAUACCUUAACUACGACCACUGCACCUUCUUUGCUUGAUGUUCUAAUGGCAGCUGACAAGUUUGAGGUUGCUUCAUGUAUGAGGUAUUGCAGCAGGUUGUUGCGGAAUUUGCCAAUGACUCCUGAGUCUGCUUUGCUUUAUCUUGACCUCCCAUCUAGUGUUCUAAUGGCCGAAGCUGUUCAGCCUUUGACAGAUGCUGCCAAACAAUUUCUUGCUGCACGUUACAAAGAUGUGACCAAGUACCAAGAAGAGGUUCUAAAUCUACCUCUAGCCGGAAUCGAGGCAAUUCUCUCGAGCGACGAUCUCCAAGUAGCCUCCGAAGACGCCGUCUACGACUUUGUACUAAAAUGGUCUCGAGGCCAAUACCCAAAGCUAGACGACCGGCGAGAAAUACUAGCUUCUCACCUCGCCCGUUGCAUCCGUUUUCCCCACAUGACAUGCCGCAAGCUAAAAAAAGUCCUAACAUGCAACGAUUUCGAUCACGAGCUUGCCUCGAAACUCGUUCUCGAAGCCCUAUUCUUCAAAGCCGAGACCCCUCAUCGCCAACGAACCCUAGCAUCCGAAGAAUCCGCCGCGACAAGCCACCGCUUCGUCGAACGAGCCUACAAGUACCGACCCGUGAAAGUUGUCGAAUUCGAACUGCCACGUCAGCAAUGCGUGGUCUACCUCGAUCUUAAACAUGAGGAGUGCUUGAACCUAUUCCCAUCUGGUCGUGUUUAUUCGCAGGCUUUUCAUUUGGGGGGGCAAGGGUUUUUUCUAUCGGCUCAUUGUAAUAUGGACCAGCAAAGUUCGUUCCACUGCUUCGGUUUGUUCCUUGGAAUGCAGGAGAAAGGUUCGGUUACAUUUGCGGUUGACUAUGAAUUUGCUGCGAGGUCUAAACCGACGGAGGAGUAUAUGAGUAAGUAUAAGGGCAAUUAUACGUUUACUGGAGGGAAAGCGGUUGGGUAUAGGAAUUUGUUCGCGAUGCCGUGGACUUCAUUUAUGGCAGAGGAUAGUCUUUAUUUUAUUGACGGUAUUCUUCACCUUAGGGCGGAGCUCACUAUAAAACGCUGAAUUGAUUGAAUGACUAACAUUAGUUAUGAAAGAAAGAAAGACUUGUGUACUAACUAACUCCCAUGUUGAAUUUUGUACUAAAAGUUUUUAUUUUAUUGUUGGGGGAGAAAUGAUGCUAUUGAAUUCCUCUCCAAGGGUGUUUUUGGUGUUCUUUGUAUAUAUGUAUUUUUAAUAUUUAAAUGAAUGGGUACAAAAACUU